ACAGAGAUUAAACGGCAGAUAUCUGGUGAAAAUAAAUUAAACGAGGUAUCACCUGGUUCAAUUCAGGCAGAGGGCUGUAUUUUGCAUGCAACACAAGUCAGAAAUGCUGCUUCCCUCGAUAUCUGUUCCAAUUCCGAGCUGCACAUUGGUUCUGCUAUGCAACAGCCAGAUGGACAGGAGAGUUCUAUUGAUAAAGAAGAUAUUCAUCAUGGAAGUAGCAACCUGCUGGAGGCUUCAUCUACCACUUAUGAGGCAUCCAUGUUAUAUGAGGUACAAGGCAAUUCUUCUAAACAGGAUAAUGCUGCAAAAGAUCUUGGUAAUUUGACCGUUACGUCCUUUGCUGGUGGAUGUGUUGGAGAAAAUUCAAUAAUUGAGGAUGUCAAAGAUGCCAGUGAUGUUACUGGGAUGCAUGCAGAGAACUUAAACGAUGAAGAUCAUGAUAGCUCCUCUCUUUUGUCUGGAUCCAUGCAAAUCUAUUGUGAAACCAAUCCAUCUAUGCAGACAGAUCCUCUCAAAUGUGAUCAGAAUCUUUCUGCAAGUCAAAGAAGAGAUGAGAAGUCGCAUUUAAAUGAUAUGGGUUGUGAUGACAACGAGAAAGUGGUAGGAUCCAGUGUUCCUGGUGAGGGAGUUAAAGGAAAUGUUGACUUAGAAUCCAAAACACCUGUUGGGGAAUAUCCCGUACUGAAUGCUCUGGAGGAAGAUACAAACUUGGCAUCAAAGGUUGGGGAUUGCAAUGAAGAGCUCGAGUCACCAUUUAAUGAUGCGGUGUUAGUGCACAAGGAUGAGAAUGAAGAAACUGAAUUGGAAGUCCUUGAAGAACCAAGGGCAUCAAUCUUGGGACAGUCCUCAGAAAUGGCAGAUGAGCUAGCCAUUGUUUCUGAACCUCAAAAGCCUGGAUGUAAGACAGACAAUCAAUCUAUUUCUGGGAUGCAGACUGCUGAU